AUGGCCAGGCCGAUUCCACUUACAUUAUUGAAUGCUCGGAUGUCUGUGAAGUCCUUCAAAUUUUGGUCAGGAUUGGCGCUUCCAUCGAUAUCGUUAAUGCUGUCCAAGUUUGUUUUGAUUGUCCCCCUGAGUACCACUCAGGCAAUACGCUUCCAGCUUCUGCAAGCUCCACCUUCAAUCAUAAAUUUUGCUGGUGAUUUGAAAUACGUGGUAGAACAUGACAUGACCAAGAGGAAUAUAGCAAGCACUGAAGAUUUGAAGGACGAGCUCUCUGAUAGGAAUGUAUGGAUUGCUGCAUCAGUUCAUAGAGGUGAAGAACAAGGAAUUGCAGUAAGAUGGACUUCAUGUAGCCUUGAGGUCUCGAAAGGAAAAGAUCACGGCCGUAGGACAAGUCCAUUCUUCUCAGCUAAUGCUACUGCUCUUACUUGGAGAAAAUCCUCUCCAAGGGUCACAAAUCAGCAUGAGACGUUCUUCCAAAUCAAACUUGCCAUCAAGGAUGAGGUUGAGUAUCUUGACAAGGCUGGAAUAAACGUCAUCCAGAUUGACGAGGCUGCUUUGGGGGAGGGGUUGCCUCUAAGGAAGUUGGAGCAUGCUUUCUAUAUGGAUUGGGUUGUCCACUCCUUCAGGAUUACCAACUGUGGUGUCCAAGAUACUACCCAGGUCAGCAUCACUUUCCUGCCCCCUUGUUCCGGGAAACUGUUCCAAGUUUUGUGGCUUUGA